AUAAAUAGAAAUUAUUCAUAAAAGCAGAUAUUUUGAUGCAUAUAUUGAUUACCGGCCGCUAAAACAUUAUGCGCGCACAUGUGUUAGCACACCGUUAGCACAGAAUAUGUAAUUACAUACCAGUGCUGAGCUUAUUUCAAGGCAUUCAACAAUUAUAUCCAACACACAAACACAUAGACACAGUUACCUACCAGUCCUUGAUCUUGGCAUUUAUUGAGACAAUAUAAGGGGCGAUAUUGUGUUACAUUUAUGCUAAUACCUGGCUAUUAGACCAUAGGAUACACAACUUUAGUGUUACUUAUAAUUAUUAUUCAGUAAUAAUAAUGGCGUUCAGUAACCAAAAAACAUUAACAGCGGUGAAGAUCGGUCUGGAAGUGCUGUAUGUGUUGGCAAUCAUUGGCUGUAUAUUUUUGAUAGUGGUUUGUGGUAUAGCGUUGGGCGCCAGCGAUAAGGACCGACAGGAAAACAAUAUUAAUAAAGACCAAGUGACCGCCGCACUGGUCAUCGCGGCGUUAGGGUUAGUAAUAUCUAUCGUGGGUUUGGUGGGCAUUGUCAAGGAAAACAAAUGC